CUUCCUGAGUUUACCUAUGAGGAUGAAGACUUCUUGGUUCUCUUUAUACCCUCUGCACUCAACGUUUUCACCUUUGAAGGUGCGGGUGUCAAACCAUUUACUCCUGAAAAAGCCAAGGAAAUUGUGAUGUCUCUGCAGCAGCCUGCAGUCUUCUGUAACAUGGUUGAUGAUUGGCCAGCCCUGCACUGGAAUACGAAAUACCUUUCUGCGGUGUUGGAUGCAAAGACAAUACAGUUUAGGAUAGGCCUGAAGACAAUGGACUUAGUUCCCCAGUUUGAAACUAGGUGUAGCUAUGUGGAGGCUACGCUUCAAGAGUUUUUGGCUUGGAGUUGUGGACAGCCUUCCUGCCUCUUUGGACCAUUCCGUUGUUAUGAAUACGCCAAAUAUUGGGCUUACGCUGACUACAAAUACAUUGCCAGGUUAUUUGAAGACAAGGAAGAAGUUUUCCAGGAUAUAAAGUGGUCCGACUUUGGUUUUCCUGGAAGAAGUGGAAAAGAGAGCACACUCUGGAUUGGUUCUGAAGGAGCAAACACUCCGUGCCAUUUGGACUCUUAUGGUUGCAAUUUAGUGUUACAAGUACAGGGAAGGAAGAGAUGGCACCUCUUCCCACCUGGUGACACCAGUUUCCUUUAUCCCACUAGGAUCCCUUAUGAGGAAUCCAGCAUAUUCAGCAAAGUCAAUGUUGCCAAUCCUGAUCUGAAACGCUUUCCUGAGUUUAGGAACGCAACAGCCCACGUGGUUACACUCAGUCCAGGACAGGUCCUGCUUGUUCCAAGGCACUGGUGGCACUAUGUGGAAGCCAUUGACCCUGUCACUGUCAGCAUAAACUCUUGGAUUGAACUGGAUGCAGACCACAAAGCCCGUGUAGAAGAAGCAAUAACUCGAACGCUGGUGUGUGCCAUAAAAUCAGCAGAAAAUCCCAGCGAUGCAGAUCUCUGGCUAAAUCCCACCGAGGUUGAGGCAACAUCCCAUGACAUCAAUCUUCAGUACCUGAACAGUGCAGUGUCUGCAUAUUUCAAGUGUCAAAAGGAAAAUGUGUCAGAGCAGACACAUCCCAGCAGCAUCGGUGCAGAGAAAACGCCAAGUGCCUCAUGCAAGAAGAGGAAAAGGCAAGUUGACACUGAACCAGAGGGUUGCAAAUUACUGACCCAUGAAGCUGGCUUUUCAAGAGUUAAGGCAGAAAAGUUACAGAAAAUAUCUUUUGGGCCUCAUCUUAUUCAAGUUUUACCGCAGUCUCAAGAAACAAGCUCAAUGGGUGCAGGAGCAGUUGAAAGUGACUAUAGAGAUCUUACCCAUGAAAAUGAAGGAGGACAUUUUGGAAAAUUACACUGCCCCAGGAAGCAAUUGGUAAUGAGUAAUGACUGUGAAACGCCUGCAAAUCAAAUGGAUUCAGACGGCAGUCCAAAUGCCUCACAAACAGCCCUUUCUACCAAUGAUUUGCUGGACUGUUUGGUUAAUCCACAUGUCAUCAGUUUAGUGGCUCAACUGCUGUUGGAGAGAACAAGAAUUUAAUGGUGGAGUGCUGUAUCGUUUCUGAAAUGAAGAAAUCAAAUGGUAGCCUUGUGCUAGGUUUUUAAGCUCAGUAACAAUUGAAUGUUUCACUUCUUUGUUUCAAAGAUUCUUUAACUAUAGACAGACGCAGCAGGGAAAAUGCAGAUGUAUUGCAGAUCUACAGCCCAUUCUGGUUAACUGACAGAAUGAAGCCGAGUUGAAAGAGGAAUAACUUGUUAACGAGGAAGAGUAAGAGAAAGGAGUAUGUGGUCCUAGAGUUCUUCAGUAUUACAAGCAAAACAGCGUAUCCAGCUAUAACAUAAUUCCACUUUAUUUUGUGGAUGGGACCUUUGAAACAUUCUACAGCUCUGAGCGUCAGCGAAUCAUCCACCACUCUGUGGACAUUUUUAUAUUGAGAAGAGGGCACAUACAUGAACUAGGCAGAAAAGUGACUCAAACUGGGAGCCAGAGAGCACUCUCAGGUCCCCAGGCUGUGAACACACAAACUGGAGAGCUGGAGUGGAGGGAGGCAAUCCAGCUGCACUGGGGCAGCCACACAGAUGAGCAGGGUUUACAUUGGAGGGGCUAGAAGCUGGUCUGCAAUUCCUCCUGGAUUAAACUUAAGUUGCCUGAAGAGUUUUUU